AUGAAGGCCAUUCAGACGCUCGCUCUCGGCCUUGCGGCCUUCACUCCCUUGGCUUCUGCUUGGCCGAAAUGGCUUCCCGACGUCGAUGCUCUCGUUGUCCGUCAGAACGAGGAAACUACAGCCGCUGCUACUGCUACCCAAGCAGCAUCUGCCACAGCAGGCGCCAAAGCCACCGCAACCACCGCAGACGAGACGGCGACGAACACCGGCGGCGCGAAGACCACCAACCUCAACACUGCCAAAAUUCCCACUGGCACUCAGACCGGCACUGCGAAGGGCACCGGUACCAACACCGAAUCUGACAGCUCUCAAACUACUUUCGAUGCCCGCGAUCCGGUCGGAAGUGUUGAGAUGAUCGAGCCUGCGCGGACAGCCGCCGCCAUCAACUUGUACAAGAUCGGAGACUACGUCACCUGGAAGUGGAACUACACCAACGUCCAGUCCAACCCUACUGCUGUUGACGUGCUCAUCAGCUGCUCUUCCAGAACCCAGGCAUGGACUUUGACCCAAAAUAUGAGCUUUGUCGAGCCUGCCACCUACACUUGGGAUACGAGCGUACAAGCUACGGACCCCUCGGCGCCUCUGGGUAACGACGAGUACACCCUCAUCAUCUAUGAUGCUGAAUCGCAGGUCACUGCCACCGCGGCCGCUGGUUUCCUCGGAUCAUCCAACGCCCUCAAAUUCGGCAUGUACAAGCCUCAAGAAUAUCAGCCUUUGAAUGAGUGGAACUGUGCAACUUGCGAGUCCGCCGCUACCGCGUUGAAUGCCAAACCCGUCGACCUGGCCGUUGCCAUGAGCAUGCUCACCAUCGCCGGCUUUACGUGGUUUGUGGCAGGACUUGGCGUGUUUUAA